UCCUUGUGCAUAAAUAGUAAAUACGAAGCAUAUACGCAAGAAGCUCAAGCUUGUUGUAUAUAACGAGAACCAUCAAUUCGUAGAGAUUUAUACUCCAAAUUAAAAGGCGCAUGCGAGUCUCUUGGGUCAUGGCUUCUUCUUCUUCUUCUUCUUCUUAUUCUCUCUCCUCAUUCAGCCCCAUAAGCUUCCCACUACUUUCUUCCUCCCAUUUUCUCUCAACAAUGUUUGCUUUUGCUGGUGCGCAACUCUGUCACCCCAAACUCAUUUCCAGGUUCAUCAUCUCUUAAUUCUCUUCCCUUUCAAUUUUCUGCUUAAUUUCAUCAACAUGGUUCUUCAAUUUUCUCCUGCUAUUUCUUUGCAUGCCGAUCUGUCGUUUUCAUAUUGUUCCUCGAACUCAUGAAGGAUUUUUCUUUUGUUUUAGUAGUACACUAACGAAGUUCAAGCAUCUCAUAUAAAAACACUGCAAAGAAAAACACAUUUGGACAGUUUUGGGACUAGAAAACCAGAAACUGCAAUCCCUGUCUGAAGUUUCAACUACCAAGGAAAAAAAGAGAGAGAGAGAUGGGUUUCUGGACAUUGUUGGAGGUGGCUUGUAUGCCAACUUUCCAAGUUCUCAUAAUCAGUUUACUGGGUGCUUUCAUGGCAACUGAGUAUUGGAAUCUUCUCCCUGCAGACGCCCGGCGGUCCAUGAACAAGGUUGUGUUUGUGGUUUUCACCCCCUCACUGGUGUUUGCAAGUGUGGCCAAGACUAUUACAUUUGAAGACAUUAUUUCAAUGUGGUUUAUGAUCGUAAACGUGGGGCUUACAUUUUUAUUUGGAGGGAUUCUUGGAUGGAUUUUGGUAAAGAUUGUCAGACCGAAACCUUAUCAGGAAGGCCUGGUAAUGGCUGCAUGUUCAUCAGCAAACUUGGGAAACCUUCCCCUUAUACUUAUCCCUGCAAUCUGUGAAGAGGAUGGGAACCCAUUUGGCGAUCAUAGUGUUUGUAAAAGGGUUGGACUCUCAUAUGUGUCUUUUUCCAUGGCGCUUGGGGGUUUCUUCAUCUGGACUUACAGUUACCAGCUGAUACGAACUUCAGCGAUGAAAUGGAAAGCGCUUCAAGCAAUUGAGGCAGCUGAGGAGGCCUCAAAGAAUCCCAACAGUGAUUUAGACGCUGAGGGGGAAACUCCCCUUCUCAAGGGAGAAGAUGAAGAGCAGGGUUCUAUAGUAGUUUCAUCAAAUGGUUCUAGAAACCAAGAAGCUAUAGUAGCCGAUGAAUCAGACGUACCAUUCAGCCGGAAAGUAGUAGCAUUUGUUAAGCAGAUUUUACAUGAGUUACUGGCACCACCAACAGUAGCUGCGAUUGUGGGAUUUUUUAUUGGGUCAAUUCCAUUUCUGAAGAAGCUAAUAAUUGGUGACAGCGCCCCCCUGCGGGUGAUCGAAGACUCUAUUACACAACUUGGGAAUGGAACCAUCCCUUGUAUCACACUUAUUCUUGGAGGCAACCUCAUCCAAGGUUUACGCAAAUCGACGAUCAAAAUUCCUAUCAUCAUUGGAGUGAUCAUUGUUAGAUACGUAGUAAUGCCCGUGAUUGGUAUCGGGAUUGUAAUAGGAGCAAGCAAGGUUGGGUUUCUCCCAUCAGACCCUCUGUUCCAUUUUGUGCUGAUGGUUCAGUUUACCCUGCCACCUGCCAUGAAUAUUGGAACCAUGACCCAGCUGUUUGAUGUGGCUGAGGCAGAGUGCUCAGUGAUCUUCCUGUGGACAUACUUGGUUGCAGCCUUGGCACUUACUAUUUGGUCAACAGUCUAUAUGUGGCUCUUGUCUUGAACUGCCUUCAGCUGAGGAUGGCUAGCAUCCCUAAAUGGUGCAUUUUAUAGUGAGAGGCUUACACUUCAGAGGGAAGAAGGAUCUACAUUCCUGCAUUUGGGUGUUCUUUUGUCCUCCAUUUUUCGAUUCGAUUGGUUGUUUCAACUAGAAGAAAAAAAUUAAUUAGAGUAUGAUUUGGGCGUGUAUGUAGAUGCCAUAGUUUCGUUUACUUAUUGUGUAGUAGGAAAAAUAUAUAUAAAGAGAAGGGGGUGAUUGUGUGUUA